AUGUUGCUGACGUCGACCUGGAACAUAAGUAUCCUAUUGUUAAUUACAGCUCUAUAUGCACUAUAUAAAUAUUUUACAAGAAAUUUUAAUUACUGGAAAAAACGAGGAAUAUUUUAUAUAAAACCCUUACCUUUUUUUGGAAACUUUUUUGACACAUUUACAUUUAAAAGUACAAUAGCACAUGGAUUAAAAGCAAUUUAUGAUAAAGGAGAAGGUGAUUAUGUAGGAGCUUUUGUAUUUGACACUCCAGUUCUAAUUGUUAGAUCUCCAAAAUUAGUAGAACAUGUGUUAAUAAAAGAUUUUAGCUAUUUUAGAGAUAGAAGCUUGGCCUCUCCAAAACAUAAUCCCAUUAUGGCAAAUUUCAUGCUGUUCCAGCGUUACUCUGACUGGAGGAAAACCAGAACCAAGAUUACUUCAAUCUUCAGCAGUAACAAAAUUAAAGGAAUGUUUAAUACAGCUAGGCCUAUAAAUGAUGACAUGUAUACAUUUAUAAGAAAACAAGAUAGGGUUAUCGAAGUUAAAGAUCUUAGUAGGAGAUACUCAACAGAAGUGGUUUCGAGAUGUUACUUUGGUAUGGGUGGACGGUGUUUCGAGAAGGGCAGAUCAGAGGUCCAAAAUAUUGCAAAAAGAGUAUUUGAGUUUUCUGCAAGAAAUGCAAUAGUUCAAGGAUUAUACGUAUUUAAACCAGAAUGGGUGGAGUUAUUCAAACUUGACUUUAUGAAACGGAAUGAUCAAGAUUUUAUGCUGGAUGCAUUCAUGGACGUAGUUAAUGAAAGAAAAAAGGUUAAAGCAAACAACGGAAAAUCUUUUGAUUAUAUUGAUAUUAUUUUGGAAAUACAAAACUCUCCUAACAACAGCGACAAAAUAGGAAUGACAGAAGUUAUGUCCAAUACUCUGCAAUUUUUUAUAGCUGGAACGGAAACAAUGAGUUCUGCACAAUCUUUUUGCUUAUAUGAAUUGGCUAUUCAUCCCGAAAUUCAAGAUAAAGCACGUAAGGAAAUUAAAAAAAUUGCAGAUAAAUAUGGUGGUUUAACUUACGAGGCUAUAAAUGACAUGGAGUAUCUACAUCUUUGUGUACUAGAAACCUUGCGUAAAUAUGUUUCCCUACAAAUAAUCGACAGAAAAGCUGUUGAGGAUUAUAGAAUUCCAGGUUCUGAUGUUGUUAUCGAGAAAGGCACUAUUGUUUAUAUACCUUUCUAUGCUAUUCAUCAGGACGAAAAAUAUUAUCCUGAUCCCACAAGAUAUAAUCCGGAUAGAUUUUUAAAUAAAUCAAAUGUGGAGGGUAUAAACUUUUUGCCUUUUGGAGCAGGACCUAGAGCGUGUUUAG